GCGUAUUCCACAACGGACAUUGUCCUGCUGCAUACCAAGCCGCCCACACUUACAUCUUAUUAUCCUCCUAUUAAAUCACCAACUUUUAUGAAAACUACCGCUGGAACAAUAUGACAUUUGGCAUUCCGCCGCGAGGAGGAAGGGGCAAAUGGCGAGGGAAAUGGAAGGGUGGUCGUUCCAAUGGCCUGCGACGACGAAUAGGAGGAUAUGAAAGAAACCAAACAACUGGAGAGGAUCCUGCUAACCGACCAGAAAAUGAUGCUUCUGGUGGAACAGAGGCUCCCAUUUCUGGACUAAACGUAGAUGGACCGUCCGAAGUGGUUGUCGAACCGUUUGUGGAAAACAUGGAUACUCUCGAUUUUCGUAAAGAGGAGGUUCGUGUACGGGAUGAAAUGGAUGAGAAGAUGGGGUUCUAUCGAUAUACGGAAGGUCCGGAGCGGCUGGGUUGGAUGGUGAAUAUGCAUCCGACGGUAUUGUUCGAUGGUGAAUGGCCCAGUGGAAAGGCAGCUGUAGAUUUGUACUUUCUGGAUGAAGAUGGCGCUUCUUUUAAGGCGACAAUCAUAUACGAGCCGUACUUUUUUGUGCUCUGCAAGCCUGGCACCGAAGCAGACGUUGAAGAGUACAUUCGACGCCGGUUUGACAAGGUCAUACUUUCCGUCGAAAGAGUUGAAAAAGACGAUCUCGAUUUGGCGAAUCAUCUUCUCGGAAACAAGCGAACGCUUCUGAAGCUGAAGUUCUGGAACGUGCAGAACCUGCUCUCUGUUCGAAAGAUGCUACUACCGGCUGUUGCUAGAAAUCGACACAAGCAGGAAACAUCUGGAGCGUAUGAUGAAGUUGCCGAAAUGACAAACCAACAAAACGCUGCGGAACAGGCAAUUCAAAAAAACCACCGAGAUGCGCUGGACUUUGUCAUAGAUCUGAGAGAGUAUGACGUUACAUAUUACACACGCGCUGCCAUAGAUUGUGACCUAAGAGUUGGAUUGUGGUACACUGUCAAAGCGUUGCAAGGGUCGAUUUUGUUAGAACCACGACCAGAUAAGGUCAAGCGUGCCGAUCCUGUGGUUCUGGCCUUUGAUAUUGAGACAACAAAGCUACCGCUCAAGUUUCCUGAUGCCACGAUUGAUGCGAUCAUGAUGAUUUCAUAUAUGAUAGAUGGCCUAGGCUACCUUAUCACAAAUCGAGAAAUUGUAUCAGAGGACAUUGACGAUUUCGUGUACACUUCAAAACCUGAAUAUCCCGGGAAUUUCACAGUGUUCAAUGAGCCAGAUGAAGAAUCGCUUCUCCGAAGAUUUUUUGAGCACGUUCAGGAGUGCCGUCCCACCGUAAUUGUGACAUACAACGGAGAUUGGUUCGAUUGGCCUUUUGUUGAAACCCGAGCGAGAGUCCAUGGCAUUGACAUGAAUGAGGAAAUAGGAUUUUCUAAGGACAAUAGCAAUGAGUACAAAUCUUACUACGCGAUUCACAUGGAUGCCCUGUGCUGGGUGAAGCGUGAUAGUUAUCUACCCCAGGGUAGCCAAGGUCUGAAGGCGGUGACAACUGCAAAGCUUGGUUACAAUCCGAUGGAAUUGGACCCGGAAGAUAUGACUAGAUUUGCUGCUGAACAGCCACAGGUCUUGGCUCAAUAUUCCGUCUCCGAUGCGGUGGCAACGUAUUAUUUGUACAUGAAAUAUGUCCAUCCUUUCAUCUUUUCUCUCUGCAAUAUCAUUCCCAUGAACCCAGAUGACGUUUUGCGUAGAGGUUCAGGAACGCUAUGUGAAACGCUGCUAAUGGUGCAAGCGUACAAAGCGAACGUAAUUAUGCCUAAUAAGCAUGUCGACAAAGUAGGCCAGUUUUUCGAAGGCCAUCUUUUGGAAAGUGAAACAUAUGUGGGAGGACAUGUCGAAGCGCUAGAAGCCGGUGUUUUUCGAAGUGAUCUGCCGGUUAAAUUUCGAUUGGUACCUGAGGCUUUCCAGCAGCUUAUCGACGAAAUAGAUCAGGCUCUCAAGUUCAGUAUUGUGGUGGAGGGAAAUCUGAAGCUUGAAGAUGUGACGAAUUAUGACGAGGUGCGAGCACAAAUUGUGGAAGCGCUCGCUAAUCUCCGCGAGAUUCCCAACCGACUGGAAAAGCCAUCGAUUUACCAUUUGGACGUCGCCGCAAUGUAUCCCAACAUCAUUCUCACGAAUCGUCUGCAACCCGAUGCAAUCGUUGAUGAAGAAACCUGCGCUGCAUGUGACUUCAAUCAGGGUCCUGGAAGUACCUGUCAGCGGAAAAUGUUAUGGUCGUGGAGAGGAGAAUACUUCCCUGCGAAGCGAAGCGAGUACAACAUGAUUCGAAAUCAGAUGCAGCAAGAAAAGUUUCCUGGGAAACUGCCUACAGAUCCUCCGCGGGCGUUCCAUGAGUUACGGCUGCACGAGCAGCAAACUCAGAUCAAAAAGCGCCUCUCGACCUACAGUCGGAAGGUGUAUAAUAAAAUCCACGAGACAAAAGUGGUGCCUAAGGAAAGUGUUGUGUGCCAGAGGGAAAAUUCCUUCUAUGUGGAUACUGUGCGAGCAUUCCGUGAUAGGCGUUAUGAGUAUAAAGGCUUGCUCAAGACCUGGAAGAAGAAGUUGGAUGAUGCUGGGACUGCGGGCGAUUUGACGAAAGUUGACGAGGCCAAAAAGCUGAUUGUAGUGUACGAUUCGCUUCAGUUGGCACACAAGUGUAUUCUGAAUUCCUUCUACGGAUAUGUGAUGCGAAAGGGUGCUCGAUGGUACUCAAUGGAGAUGGCUGGUAUAGUGUGUUUAACUGGGGCCACCAUUAUUCAAUUGGCGCGGACUCGGAUUGAGCAAAUCGGAAGACCUCUCGAACUAGAUACGGACGGUAUUUGGUGUAUUUUCCCCGCAACCUUCCCAGAAAAUUUUGCCUUCAAACUCAAAAACGGCAAAGUAUUUCCUAUAUCCUAUCCGUGUGUCAUGUUAAAUCAUUUAGUGCAUGAUCAGUUCACAAAUCACCAAUAUCAGGAGCUCGAUGAUCCUGCUCAAAAUUCAUACACGACGCGCAGCGAGAAUAGUAUCUUCUUCGAGGUAGACGGCCCAUAUCGUGCCAUGAUUUUGCCAUCGAGUACCGAGGAGGACAAGCUGUUAAAAAAGCGCUACGCUGUCUUCAAUGAUGAUGGAUCAUUAGCUGAAUUAAAGGGAUUUGAAGUUAAACGGCGAGGAGAGCUGAAGUUAAUCAAAAUCUUCCAAAGCCAGCUCUUUAAGGUGUUUUUGGAAGGAGGAACGCUCGAACAAUGUUAUGCUGCUGUCGCAAAUGUUGCCAAUCAAUGGUUGGAUGUUUUGUACAACAAAGGGGCCGGUGUUGGGGACAACGAACUAUUCGAUCUCAUUUCGGAGAACCGAAGUAUGAGUAAGAGCUUGGAGGACUACGGGGCGCAAAAGUCCACCUCGAUUAGUACCGCAAAGCGAUUGGCCGAGUUUUUAGGGGAUCAGAUGGUCAAGGACAAAGGUUUGAACUGCAAAUUUAUCAUUUCCGCCAAACCAUUCGGUCAGCCUGUUAGCGAGCGAGCCAUUCCGGUAGUAAUUUUCCAGGCGGAUCCAGGGGUCCGAAAACAUUACAUGCGAAAGUGGUUAAAGGAUCCCGGUCUGCAAACUUUCGACAUCCGCGAUAUCUUGGAUUGGAAGUACUAUAUGGAGCGAUUUGGAAGUGUCAUUCAAAAGUUAAUAACAAUCCCUGCGGCGAUGCAAGGGGUGAAAAACCCUGUGCCUAGAGUUCGACAUCCGGACUGGCUGCUUAAGCGGGUGGCUGCAAAGGAUGACAAGACAAAGCAAUACCGUAUCACUGAGAUGUUCCAGAAGAAAGCGAUCGGUGAUAAGGAGAACCGUGAAGGCGAAAAUCUGUUGGGAAAUGAAACGGUCGAUGUACAGUCCGACGAAGAGAAUGCCGAGGGUAACGCUAAUGCGAAUGGCGUCCAAGAUCUGGAAGAUAUUGCAAGAGGAAAAGAGGCGUCUGUCCUCAGAGAUGGGAGGAUCGUGCCUGUUGUACAUAAGACCUCAAAGAUCCUAGGAAAGCGCAAACAGCGGAACAAGCAAUUCUCAGCUCAAAUGGAUGAUGACGACUCGGCACUGCAGGAUCUGGAUCCGGCGGAGAAUAUGCCAGAUAUGCACUCAGACUACUCUGGCUGGAUUCAAUUCCAGAAGCGACGAUGGAAACGGAGAAGGGCACAGCGAGCAAUGGAAAUAGCUAUGUUCGGAACUGGUGCAAAGACCGACCCACGCGGUGUCCAGGGAUUCCUCCGGCAGCAAGCGAGAAAUAUCUUGGCGUCUUCAUGGCAGAUUUUAGAGAUUGCCGAGACUGAUAUUCCAGGUGAUUUUCGAGUGUGGGCACUCGUCCAGGGCGACCUUCAUUCCAUCAAACUGAGUGUACCCCGAAUAUUUUACGUCAACAGUCGGAUACCUGAUCCCGAUGAGAAUACUGAAAAGGUCGGUGUAAAAAUGGUUAGACGGGUGCGAACACUGCCGCGAUGUCACCCGUGUUUGUUUCUUUACGAGAUGACGAUGGCUGAGCCGUUUUACCGGGAGAACUCCGCCUUAUUUGCGGCUAUGUCGGAUCACCAGGAAAUCGAAGGGGUGUAUGAAAUGCAGGUCCCCCUUCUAUUCCGUGCGUUGAUAAGACUAGGCUGCGUGGCUAAUGUAGACCGCCAGAGGAUCUUGAGCGGGCGUGGAUUAGACCAGGGCUUCGAACUGGACGAAGUGAUUCACAAGGCCAUUGAUUCGCAUACGCCAUACUUGCCGGCAGAUGUCAAGAUCCAUUAUCUUUACUUGUUUCAAACUUCGAAUGGUAACCGAAAGUUUUUCGGACUAUUUUCGACGGUCAUGAAGAAGGGAUGGGUUUUUGUCGUUGACCAAGCAAGGAACAGGGACGCCAUACCAAACUUAUCCAAGAUGUAUGCGGAAAGGAAGAGUGAGACGAAAACUGGGGGCUAUUCUAGUUCUCAACCGUUUAGGCAGACCCAGGUGGAUAAUAUGGCGGAAUCUGAUGCAAUCGAAUACGCAGAUGAUAUUGACAUUACGGCCACCUUGUAUGCGACAGAAGUCGAAGCUAUAAUUGCCAUCAAUCGCUCAUUGCGGGAGUAUCAGCAACAACGCCGUGGUGCCACUGUCCUUGCUCUGCAGGCUGUGAAGACCGCAAAACAGUUGCAAAUGGACGGCAUUUCGGUCAUCUUCGACUUCCCCAUCAUCACGUUACCGACACAUAAAAAAGAUACAAACUUCCCUACACUGGGGUGGCAGCAAUACGUGUGCAAAAGGAUGCUGUCGCAUUUUUUGAAUCUGAACGACUUUUUGAAAGAACGCAUAGCGCUUUCGCGAUAUGCGGAUGUGCCGGUCUGCAAUAUCUCGCAAGAUUAUACCACGUUCCUUGCGGAUCUUGGAUUCGCCAGGCGACUCAAGAGGGCCGAUAUGGUGUUAUGGUACUCUGCAUCUGAUGUACCGGAUCUAGGCGGAUGCGAACAGGACGACCACCGAUUCGAGUUGGAUGAACUCAUCAAUCCAGAAAUCAACAUCCCAGGAUGCUAUGAGACUGUGUGCAUUGAGCUGUCAGUUUGGGAUUUGACGAUGAAUACCUUUAUGCAAUCUGGAUUGAUGGGCGAGAUUGAAGGAGGUGGAGCCGCUUUGGGUGGAAACGGAGUACAGGCCGUUGGGCACCUGAUGGAUGAUUAUACCAAAGGGACAGAGGAAGGGAGCAAUAUUGUUCGAGAUCCAGGUUCGAAUGGGGAUGAGCUUUCGCCCUUAACAUUCAGCAUUUUGAAGUCCAUGGUGAUGGGCUGGGCGGAUGACGUCCGGAGAAGGAACCGACUAGCAUCGUAUAUGCUUGAACAUCUUUAUAGAUGGAUCACCUCUCCUGCGUCUCGCAUGUUCGACCCAGUUUUGCAUACCAUUAUUCAUAGCCUUAUGCGCCGCGUGUUCGUGGAACUGAUGUCCGAGUUCAAGCGCCUGGGAAGUAAAGUUGUCUACGCUACUUUUGACAAAGUUGUCAUUGCAACUACAAAAGUGGAGUUUGUUAACGGGGUGGUCUAUGGGACGUACAUUACCGACGCCAUUACGCGGAAGCCAAUGUUUGAGACCUUAGAGUUGAAGGUGGAGAGAUAUUGGGGUUUCCUGAUGUGGAUGGAUCCGCACAAUUUCGGAGGUAUCAUUUGCGAAAACCCAGAGGAGCUAUUGCAUGAGGGUCGACGUCUAGGGUUGGAUGAUAAGAAACAAGAUACGGAAGAGAGUAGCACGAAAAUACAACCGAGUCUGAUGGCUGACAUGGAAUGGAAUAUGUGCGACUAUCUUCCGCCAGCGGUUCAGCAAAAGUUCAUGAAAACAGUGGCCGAGUAUGUCUUUGAAGUACUCAACUUCAAGCAGAAGAUGCUGGAGACCGGGGUCGCUGGCAGUGUCCGCGACGGCGAUCGGCAUCCUUUGACGCAAUUUCUAAGGGAGCUGCUUAAUACCACCGUAAAGCGAAACUUGUUGAAAGUGGUGCCAGACAUUGUCCACCAUGUUGAGGCUAAGCGUAAUCCGGGAGCAUACGAUUUUCCCCUUCUUCCUGGUUCUCAUUUGACGAUGACGAAUCCAGCCUUAGAGUUUGUCAAAUUUGUCUGUGCGGUCCUAGCCUUGGACACCUGGAAUGAGCGAGAGGUGCGCACCCUCAAGCAAAAUCUGCUGAAGCUGAUUGAUGUCAAGGAGUUUGGCGAAGGUACAAAUUUUGUGAAUCCAUGCGAACCGUUCAAGCUUCCGCAGGUUAUCUGUGAAUAUUGCAAUCAUUGCCGCGAUCUGGAUUUGACCCGCGACAAGGAUCUUUUACCCCGGAGAGUCAACGAUGAUGGUGAUAAUGGUGAAGAAGAGGGAAUUCCAGAUGAAGGCGCAGUUGGAGCAUGGACAUGUCCCUGCUGCGAAACAGAGUACGAUAAAGCAUCCAUUGAGCAGCGACUUUUGGAUAUUGCUCAAAAACGACUCGAAGCGUGGCAGCAUCAAAAUAUUCGAUGUACCCGAUGUCGCUAUGUCAAAGCAGAGGAUAUGAAAGAAGAGUGUGAGAGAUGUCGAGGUACGAUGGUGGGGGAAUAUGUGACAAAUGAUUUCAUGAGACGAAUGGUGGUUUUUGGGAGCAUCGCCAGGUGCAACGGAUUUGAGAUAUUAGGGGAGGUCGUUGGGUGGGCUUUACAACUCUCGUGAGCUAGAUGAUGGGAGAUGGAUGCAAACGACAUGUACUGGUUAUCUGUGGGCAAACUUUUCAUUCUGUAAUUAUUUAUUAUUAUUUGACAGCUGGACAGCUGGACAUUGGGUCAUUAUCACCCAACCCUCAAUUGAGAUCGAAAUGUGAAUAGAUGUUUCAUGUCGGAAAG